AGUUGUGCAGAAAACCAUCAUUGACACCCUCCACAAGGAGGGAAAGCCUCAAAAGGUGUCAGCCCGUACAGAAAGCAGCAUCAGGAAGCGCAACCAGGCCAUGCCUCGUACCUUCAGUAAACGUCGUAGCCGCUUCUCCUCACUGUGGGGGUUGGACACGACCUCAAAGAGGAAGACCACGGGACAUCCUUCAAUCAAUCAGGUGUUCGUUGAUGGAAUGGAGCCAGUGAAAAAGCCAUUGGAGCAUAUGUUUGAAGACACCGCAAGUGAAAAAUCUAAGGAGAAAGCAGGCUCGGUGAAAAGUCUUCCUCAGCAAAACGUAGACAGCGACAUUUGGGUUCCUGAUUACCUGAGUCCCUCCUGGGUGUGUCUGCCGAACAAUCAGCCUGUCCUGGCCAUCAUACAGCCUGGCGAUACAGCACUGGAAGUCCUGAGCACCGUGUGCAAGACUCAUAAGAUAGACCCCUAUGGCCAUUACUUGCGUUUGAAGGUGUGGAUUGACAACCAAAUCCUCUUUUUUGUUCCCAAGCGUGAAGAGGACAUCUCUGAUCUGCUCUACAAAGAGAUUGAGAUUUGCCCCAAAGCUACCAAGGUGAUCCAGUUUGACAAAGCAGAGUCCUGCACCAUUGGAUACGGGUUUUCUGUGGCAGUUAUAGAUGAGGACGGGAUGCAGCAGCUCCAUAUUACUGAAGUGAAAGCAGAGGGACUGGCCUCAGCUAAAGGUUUGAAAGCAGGGGAUGAGAUUCUGUUGCUGAAUGGUAAAGCUGCAUCUGACCUCCAAAUGGAUGAUCUGAGGGCUGCGUUUGUAAACCAAGCGUUGACCUUAAGUGUCAGUACCCUGCCCCAGCUGGACCCUCGGGUGCUUUGCUCCUUUCCACCACGGCGCUCCGAUGGGGAGCAAGAUCUGGCCACAGACAUCUUCUCCCAGAGCCAAGAGGACAUCCUGGAUGAGGUGUCAGGGUUGACAGUGAAUAGCCCAGAUGAAAGUUUGGAGGAAGGAUCUCUGCUGACCCUACAGAGCAGAGGAGGUCAUCAGGAAGACAAAACCUGUAUGGGAUCUGGACAGAAGAGCACAGAGCAGGUCACUGCUUUCUGCCGCAGUCUCCAUGACAUGAAUUCCCUGGAGUGCCCUAUGUCGUCCUCCUCAUCAUCGUCUUCGUCAUCCCUCUCCCCGAGCCCUGUGUCAGCUUUACCACCCACGGCGGGCACUGCUACACAGAGACAGCUCUCCCAUGCAGACAAACUCCGCAAGGUCAUCAAUGAACUGGUGGAGACGGAGAAGACUUACGUAAACGACCUGAACUGCCUGAUAGAAUGCUACUUGACGCCUCUGCAGAAAGAGAGCUUCCUUACGCAGGAUGAGCUGGACGUUUUGUUCGGUAACCUUGGCGAGAUGGUAGAGUUCCAGGUUGAGUUUCUCCGGACGCUGGAAGAUGGAAUCAGGCUGGUGCCCGAUCUGGACAGACUGGAAAGGGUGGAGCAGUUCAAGAAAGUGCUGUUCUCCUUGGGUGGUUCAUUCCUGUAUUAUGCUGAUCGCUUCAAGAUCUACAGCGCCUUCUGCGCCAGCCACACCAAGGUCCCAAAGGUCCUGGCUAAAGCAAAGACCGACCCAGAUUUCAAGGCUUUCCUGGCUGAGAGAAACCCCAGACAGCAACAUUCAUCCACUCUAGAGUCUUACCUGAUCAAACCCAUCCAGAGGGUCCUGAAGUACCCGCUGCUGCUAAAGGAGCUGUACUCUCUCACUGACUCAGACAGUGAGGAACACUACCAUCUGGAUGCCCUACACCCCAUCCCGAACUCUCCGAUCCUCUUCUUCCUCACUACUUUCCAUUCCUUCUGCCUGCAUGUCCACUAUAGGGUUCAGAGGCUUCAGCUAUUGUGCACCUCACCUUUGGAACUCCCUGCCCCUAUCCAUCCGUACAACUGA